AUGUGCGGAGAACCUGGAAAAGCUGAAACCCCAGUGAGUCAAGAAAAGGACGCUGACCCAGCGUUCUCGCCUGCGCCUCGGGCCUCAGCUGCAACUCCCAGGCUGUGGACCACCCAUCGAGAUGGAGAGGUCGUCCUCCGGCUUUCGAAAUACGGGCCAGGCCACGAGACCCCAGUGACCAUCCCUGAACUCUUCCAGGAGUCAGUCAAGCGAUUCGGUGCCUGCCCUGCCCUCGCAUGGAAAAGCAGGCGGAAGUCGGAGACGCUAAGUUUCACCAAGUACUAUGAGGCCUGCAGGAAGGCUGGAAGGGCCCUGAUCAAGCUGGGCUUGCAGCGUUUCCAUGGUGUCGACAUCCUAGGCUUCAACUCUGCGGAGUGGUUGUUUGCGGCUCUGGGCGCCAUCCUGGCAGGGGGCCUCUGUGUCAGUAUUUAUGCCACCAGCUCUGCCAAAUCUUGUCAGUACAUCAUCACUCACGCCAAGGUGAACAUCUUGGUGGUUGAAAAUGAGCAACAGCUACAGAAAAUCCUUUCGAUUCCAGAGAGCAGGCUGGAGACCCUCAGAGCGAUCGUCCUGUACAAACCGGAGCUGAAGAAGAGCACCAACAAGGUGUACUCUUGGGACGAUUUCAUGGAACUUGGCGACAGCGUUCCUGACACCCAGCUGGAUCAGAUCAUCCAGAGCCAGAAGGUGAAUCAGUGUGCCAUGGUCAACUACACUUCGGGGACUGUGGGCGACCCCAAGGCUGUGAUGCUCAGCCAUGACAAUAUCACAUGGACAGCCGGGGCCGUGGUGCAGGCCCUGGGGCUCCCCAUCUCCCGGAAGAACCAGGAGCAGAUCCUCAGCUACCUGCCACUCAGCCACAUCGCCGCACAGAUGAUGGACAUCUGGGUCCCCAUGAAGAUCGGGGCGCUCACACACGCACAGCCUGAUGCGCUCAAGGGCACCUUGGUAAGCACUCUGAAGGAGGUAAAGCCGACCGUCUUCUUCGGGGUGCCCCGAAUUUGGGAGAAGUUGCAGGAGACCAUAAAAGGCAGUGUUACCAGGUUCUCCAGCUUCAAGAGGAAGAUGUUCCUCUGGGCCGAAAUGGUCGGCUCGAAGGUCCACGCCAGACGGACGCUGGGGAGAGCCGACGUCUCCAUGAACUACCGCCUGGCUAAGCAGCUGGUGUUCAGCAGGAUCAAGAGCUCCCUGGGCCUCGACCACUGCCAGUCCUUCUUGAGCGGGGCCGCGCCCCUCGGCCAGGAGACCUCCGAGUUCUUUCUGAGCUUGGACAUCCCCAUGGGCGAGACCUACGGCUUGAGUGAGAGCUCGGGACCGAACAGCGUCUCCCGCUGCAGUCACUACAGGGCUCUCAGCCUGGGUGACUGAGAGCCUCUCACAGGUUGUGAGAACUCGGGUUUCAGAUCUUCUGCGGCCAGCGUCGGGGAGGUGUGCGUGUGGGGCCGGCACGUCUUCAUGGGCUAUCUGGACAGGGAGGACGCCACCCGGGAGGCGGUGGACCAGGAAGGCUGGCUGCACAGCGGGGACCUGGGCCGUGUGGACAGCCAGGGUUUCCUGUACAUCACCGGCCGCAUCAAAGAGCUCCUCAUCACCACCGGCGGGGAAAACGUGGCCCCCGUCCCCACCGAGGCCCUGGUGAAGAAGACGAUCCCCAUCGUCAGUAACGCGGUGCUGGUGGCCGACCAGGCCAGAUUCCUGAGCAUGCUCCUGACGCUGAAGUGCCAGACCAACCAGGGGAGCGGAGAGCCCCUGGACAAGCUGACCUUGCCUGCCAUCGACUUCUGCCGGGCCCUGGGCAGCCAAGCGUCCACCGUGUCGGAGAUCCUGAGCUCACAAGACCCGCUCGUCUACGCGGCCAUCCAGCAAGGCAUAGACGCUGUGAACCAGGAGGCCACCUCCAAUGCCCAGAGGAUCCGGAAGUGGGCCAUCCUGGAGAAGGACUUUUCUGUCAGUGGAGGGGAACUAGGUCCAACAGCGAAACUGAGAAGAUAUUUCAUAACCCAGAAGUACAAAUCACAGAUCGAAAGUUUCUACCGCUGACAGCUUAAGCCGAGAUGCUUCUUGUGUCUCCAGCAGGAAAGCCCCUGUGUGUAACAGGCGGGAGUCACCCUCCUGGCAGUGAGAAGCUGGAUCCGACUCCCCGCUGGUCAGGUUCUUUGUUGGUCACCUUUUGAAGAGCUGCCCGUAGUCAGCCCUGCUGUGCUUUUAAGAGCAAGGACUUGAGACAUUAGAAAGAAACAGCCCUUGCAGAAUUGAAGACCCGGAUCCUAAAACUUACUCGGCUGCCUAGAAGAAACUUGAGAGCCCUUCUGAUAAGUUCUGACAAUAAGGCACUUCACUGGCUCCCAUCUUCAUCUGUAUUUAUUAGCACACGCGCGUACUGCAUGUUCACCCCCGUGUGGAGUUGGUGCAUGCACAUAAUGCAUCUUAAUUCCUUUUCUUCCUCCACCUCUUCAUCCCAUAAAGAUCUCCCCAUUUCCUUUUUUUGAGACGGGGUCUCACCAUGUAGUUGAGACUGA